GAGCACAGCGGGCCCCGUGUCUGACGCUGAUGGGCGGGCCGCUCGCGAGGCAGCUGUCAUCGGCAAGGCGCCGCAGGUCGGCAGGGCAGGAGGCCAGCAGCUUAGAGCCGGCCUCGUCAUGUUCGGCUGCAACGGCAACGCUUGGAGCAGGAGCGUUGAAGCCCUCGAGGCCUUCUUCAAGGCGUACGACUACUGGCCUGACGUCGUGGCGCUGCAGGAGACGAGGCUCCUGCGUGCGCGCCUGCCCAGUGCUGCGGCUCAGGCCCGCGGCCUGGGCUACGCGGCCUUCCUCCACGAGGCGGCGCCGACGGAGAAGCAAGGGCCCCAGGCGACCUCAGGCGGCGUGGCGAUUCUGGUGCGAGACGGCUUGCAGGCCGACGAGUCGGCGCGCCCUUUGCCCUCGGCCUUGCGCCACCGCCUCAUCGGGGUGGAGGUCGCCGCCGCCUCGGGCUUUAGGGUCCUGGUGCUGGCUGGGUACUUUCAGCACUCUGUGGGCCCUCGAGGCACCAACCUGGACUUGUUUUCGGCCAUCUCGGAAGUGACGGGCUUUUCUGCCGACAUCCCGUGGGUCCUCCAAGCCGACUUCAACAUGGAGCCCGAGCCACUGGAGGAAUUGGGGUGGCCCGCUGCGGUGCGGGGGCAUGUCCUGGGGCCCUCGGAGGCGACUUGCCAUGCCGAGGGAUGUGACCACCUCUACGACUGGUUCGUGGCUUCCUCGGCGCUGGCAGCCUGCACGGCCUCCUGCGCCACCACGCUCGAGGGCUUCGGUCUGCACCCUCAUCGCCCUGUCCUGCUUCGUCUCCAGGACGUUCGGGCAGAUGCGUUGGUGGAGGUUCCGUCCAGGCCCGCACGCUUCCCCGAAGUUGCUCCUGAGCUCCGUCGGGCGCGCGAGGACGCGGAGAUUGCGUGCUACUCGGUUGGCAAGAAAGGACAGGUCACGCCCAGGAGCGUCGCGUGGUCCUGGGACGCAGGCACUUCACCGACCAACCUCUCCGACGCCUUCAGCGAGUGGGCUGCGGCGGCAGAAGGCACCCUGGUCGGCAUCCACGGCAUCGUCCAGGCCGACUUGGCCCGUCACCUCGGCAGAGGAGAGGGGCCGCGGCUGACCCUCAAGCCCCUCAGUGCCUUGGUCAAGCGAGACGCCAGGUUCAGGUUCAGCCUCCUCACGCACCGCCUGCGGAGCUGCCUGGACGUUGCCCUCCAGCGGCUGCGCGCUGAGAGGACUGGCCGCUGGCACCCUCGGCAUGCAGACUGGUACGGGCACCAGGCCAUGCUCAGAGCGCAGCUCUUGCUGGAGGCGGUGCAGGAGGCUGCCGACUCGGACGGGGGAGCUCUUCCUGGCGCAGCUCCUGAUCGACUGGGCGACCUGGUGUUUCAGGCGGGCGUCCACGGCAGCCCUGAUGCCGUUCGGGACCUCCAAGGGCUGCUCGGGGCAUCGCAGCGCCGCGACGCGGCUGAGAGCGCCCAGGCCUGGCGCAACUGGGCGCAGACAGCGGUUGAGAAGGGCGGUCGUCUGGCCCACCGCUUCUCGAAGGCGACGCCUCCGCCGACGGUCAGGGACGCUGACUCUGGCAGGAGGCUCGUUGGGAUGGCAGCGAUCGGCGAGCUCACGAGUGUCUGGCAGAAGCUGUGGCUCCAGGACGGCUUUGCCCUGGGCGCUGGGGCCAGCAGCUGGGGCGUUGGCGAGUGGCGGCUGCCACCCAUCUCGCUGGAGCAGCUCCAGGCGGCCUGCAAGCGCUACAGCCCCUCGGUGGGGCUCGGGAUGGUCCUCGCGGCGGGCAUGGCUUCCCCCGCCUUCGGCACUACGGGUGCGGUUCUGGCUGGGUGUGCGUGUGCGACAGCAGUUGCGAAGCUCCCAGUGCUGGGCGCCAUCCUGGCCGCGGGGGCGAUGUGCCCUUUGAUCACGCCGCGGAACGUUGUCGACGACAUCUCGCUCCAGGCGGUCGGCACGGCCCGACUAGUCAAGCGUCAGAUGUUGGUUUCCAGCUGUGAAGUGGUCCGCCUGCUGCGUGAGCAGCACCUCCCACUCAACGAGAGUAAGUCGGUCUUCCUGGCCUCGUCGCCGCAGCUCGCCAAGGAGCUCUCCGAGGAGUGGGCAGCGCAGGGCCUUGCCUUCAAGAGGGGACUGCAGGCGAGGAACCUCGGCACCGACGCCAACAUCACUCGUCGAGGCGUGCAUGAAGGAGCUGGGCGUGCGGUCGGCGGCCUUCGGCGUGGCCGCAGGCUCGGGGUGCUUCGCUCCGCUGGGGCGGCGACCGAGAUGGUCCACCGUGCUGGGCCCACCGCAGCGAUGCUGUGGGGGCGCACUGUGACUGGUGUGCCUGAUGGGGAGCUACAUUCGUGGCGCUUGGCGGCGGCGCGCUCGGCUGGGAAGCUCCCCAAGGGUGCCUCACUCGGGCUGAGGCUCAGGGCGGCGGAGGUCAUGCGGUCCAUCGACCUCGACCCGAGCCCCGCGUUGCUUCGUGCCGCGGUGCAGAUGGCGGCCAGCCUCCUGCAGUCGGGGGAGGUCUCGCAGCGCAUGUUCGAGACGGCCGUGCAGGAGGCGGCGUGGAGGCACGCGGGAGCAGCAGCCCCAUGGGCGCAUUGCCGUACGCCAGUGGAUGCCCUGGCUCUCUCGCUCACCAGGGUGGGCUGGAGACUCGUCCAAGGCACCUGCCUCGCCACCGACGACGGCCACUUCCUGGACCUGCGCAUGAUGGGGCCGCGCGAGCUGGGCCUGCUGGCAGCGGCAGGGGCGCGGCGUGCUUCGGACAGGUCGGAGCUGGCCCGCCUAGGCCAUGGAGCGCUCCCCCCGAUGCCCCUGUUCUGGGAGGCCUUCUCGGAGGUCCUCGGGUCGGGCAGCAAGCUCAGCCCCAGGGAGAAGGCGGCGGUUGUGAGUUUUCUCUCCAACGCCCACUGGCCCCAGAUCCGUUUGCACUCGGCAGGGGAGAGGGAGCAUGCUCGCUGCUGCGCGUGCGAUGCACCCCGCGGCAGUCUCUGGCACAGGCUGUUCGAGUGUCCCGUCCUCGCGGGGCCGAGGCGCGACUCGACCUCCGACCGCCUGCGGCGCUGUGCACACCGUGCACGUGGCCGAGGUGAGGAGGCGGGGGAGUGCUUUGCGCGCUGCUGGCUCCCUCAGCCCCCGAGGGCCGCUCUGAGGUCGGAUGCCAUGGCUGUCAUGUGGUGCAAUCGCCCCGUUGACGGUCUCCUCGGGGGGCGCCUCUACCUGGAUGGGUCGGCGCUCGACCCCGAGCACGCGAGCCUGCGGCGUGCGGGCUGGAGCAUCGUGCAGUGCGACUCCGACGGCAACAUGGAGUGCGCGGUGUACGGCAGCGUGCGCCAAGACCUUUGCCCUUUCCAGUCGGCCAAGGACGGUGAGGAUUUCGCGGUCUGGAUGCUGUCCCGCUUCCUGGGCCCGUGUGUGGACGAGAUCCUCAUCGAUUGUGCGUCUACGGUCAGCUGCCUGACGUUGGGCAAGAAGUACGCGACGGCAGCCAACAAGCCCAAUGCCCAUCUCUGGUCGGGGAUCUACGCUUCGCUGGACGUGGACAUGCUUAAGGUUACCAAGGUGGCAGCCCACUGCACCGCCCGUGACGUGCUGGAAGGCAAGAUCACGGAGGCGGACCUCCGCGGCAAUGGUCAUGCCGACCGCUGGGCCAAGGCAGGUGCGGCGCUGCACCGCUCCAGCCCCGUGGCCAGGCGGGAGUUCUUCGGCACGAUGGAGGUGGUGAGGGAGCUCUCAUGCUGGGUGGCGCAGGCCCCCCUCAUCUGGCAGGGGAUCGAGGUCAAGGACUGCGAGGGCCUGCCAGAGGGCAGCGAGCGGAGGGCUGUUUCCUUCGCCGCACCCGUGGUGGAGCCUGCCCGCCGCCGCCAGGUCGACUCGGGUUCGGGCGACGGGUGCGGGGAGGGCGCCGCCGAGCAGGAGCUGAUGGCGUGCACCCACUGCGGGGCGUACGCGCGGCUUGGCGGGCGCUCAGGCGCGGCGCCCAAGCUCAAGGAGCAAUGCCCAGGGUCUGCUGGGCUUCCCAAGGGCAGGCGCGACCAGAAGGCACGCUGGCUGCAGGGGCGGCAUCCUGCUGGCACGCCCCACAGCGGCAACAAGCGGGUCGGCGCGGCGGUGCCCAGCCUUCGCAAGGAGGACGUGGUGCCGAUGGACGCCAGGGUGCGCUUCCUGCAGUGGCUGGGCGUCCGUCCCGAGGACGGUGCCCCUGGCGGCGAUGCCGCCUGCGCCAGCCACGGGCCCCCCAGCGGCGCGCCGGCCGCUGGCGAGGCUGCGGCGGCGCCGCUGGUGCCUGGCCCCGCGGGGGCCUCGAGGGAGGCAUGGCUGAGCGCCUACGGCCUGGACGAGGCGAGCCUCCUCGAGUGGUCGGCCGCGGCUGAGGAGGCGCGCGAGGACAG